AUGUCCGAGGAGUCGAGCGCCCUGCCCUGGUCUAUCAACAGGGACGAUUACGAGCUGCAGGAGGUGAUCGGAAGUGGAGCAACUGCUGUGGUCCAAGCAGCGUAUUGUGCCCCUAAGAAGGAGAAAGUGGCAAUCAAACGGAUAAACCUUGAGAAAUGUCAGACUAGCAUGGAUGAACUCCUGAAAGAAAUUCAAGCCAUGAGUCAGUGCCAUCAUCCUAAUAUUGUGUCUUACUACACAUCUUUUGUGGUAAAAGAUGAACUUUGGCUAGUCAUGAAGCUGCUAAGUGGAGGAUCUGUUCUGGAUAUUAUUAAGUACAUUGUGGCAAAGGGGGAACACAAAAGUGGAGUCCUCGAUGAACCUACCAUUGCUACAAUACUCAAAGAAGUUCUAGAAGGCUUGGAAUACCUGCAUAAAAAUGGACAGAUUCACAGAGAUGUGAAAGCUGGAAAUAUUCUUCUUGGAGAAGAUGGUUCAGUGCAAAUUGCAGACUUUGGCGUUAGUGCUUUUUUAGCUACCGGUGGUGAUAUUACACGAAAUAAAGUAAGAAAGACCUUUGUGGGCACCCCUUGCUGGAUGGCACCGGAAGUUAUGGAACAGGUCCGAGGCUAUGAUUUCAAAGCUGACAUCUGGAGUUUUGGUAUCACAGCAAUUGAACUGGCCACAGGGGCAGCUCCAUAUCAUAAGUAUCCUCCAAUGAAGGUUUUAAUGCUGACACUGCAGAAUGAUCCUCCUUCUUUGGAAACUGGUGUUCAAGAUAAAGAAAUGCUGAAAAAAUAUGGGAAAUCAUUUAGAAAAAUGAUUUCUCUUUGCCUUCAGAAAGAUCCAGAAAAAAGACCAACAGCUGCAGAACUGUUACGGCACAAAUUUUUCCAGAAAGCAAAGAAUAAAGAAUUUCUUCAAGAAAAAAUACUGCAGAGAGCACCAACCAUUUCUGAAAGAGCCAAAAAGGUUCGGAGAGUGCCAGGAUCCAGUGGCCGUCUUCAUAAAACUGAGGAUGGUGGCUGGGAGUGGAGUGAUGAUGAAUUUGAUGAAGAAAGUGAGGAAGGAAGAGCAGCAAUUUCACAACUUAGAUCUCCUCGAGUGAAAGAACCAUUAAAUUCUGAGCUCUUUCCAACAGCAGAUCCCGUGGGUAAUUUGCUCCAAGUUCCAGAACAGAUCCCUGCUUAUCUACCUCAGCCAGCUGGACAGAUGUCUGCCCAGCCAACUCAAGUCUCUGUCCCAACCCUUGCAGAGCCAACAAAAACAACUCAGGCUCUUACUUCAGGAGCAGGCUCACAAGAAACCAAGGUCCCAAUCAGUCUAGUACUAAGAUUAAGAAAUUCAAAAAAAGAACUCAAUGAUAUCCGAUUUGAAUUUACUCCUGGGAGAGAUACAGCGGAGGGUGUCUCUCAGGAACUCAUUUCUGCUGGCCUGGUCGAUGGAAGGGAUUUAGUAAUAGUGGCAGCUAAUUUGCAGAAAAUUGUGGAAGAACCUCAGUCAAAUCGAUCUGUCACUUUCAAACUGGCAUCUGGUGUAGAAGGCUCGGAUAUUCCUGAUGAUGGAAAACUAAUAGGAUUUGCCCAGCUCAGCAUCAGCUAAACCACAGCCCAGAAGAGGUGGCCUAAGGAGAUUCCAUACAUGCGUAUCUCUGUUGCUUUUGUUGGCCUAAACCCACUACUGCCAAAGAACCCAGCAACAAACCUCCCUGGCUAGGAGCUUUAGAGGUCUGUCUUUUUGUUCUUCCUGCCAUCAUUACCCCUUUUUUUCACAGGAAAAGAAAAGUUGGAUCAUCAGUGGCCAGCACCCCCUUAAAGAGUUCCGU